AUGAGCGUGAUGCAAGCUUUUAAAACUGAAUUAAAAGCGCGAGAAAAAGUUUCAACCGGUCAGGAGGAAAGCCCUUGUUAUUCUGGUGCUUCCCUUUAUGUUGGAAAUCGACGGAAUUUCGAUGCGAAAGAAAGAAAAUGUGCUUUUUGUGAAAACCCAGGGCACAAACCGCAAUUUUGCUCUAUUGUUUCCAAACCGACUGCGCGCUCUUCCAUUUUAAAAAGGAAAGGAUUAUGCUUUUUAUGUCUACAGUCAGGUCAUGUAGCAAGACACUGCACAGUUAGAUGGAAAUGUUUUAAAUGUAAGGGACGUCAUCAUGUGUCUAUUUGCAAUAAGGGUAAUCGAGACCAGGAUAGCAUUGAUCAGAAUGAAGGUGAGGGAACUUCAAAUAACGUGGCGAAUACUGAAUGUGAUUUUAACGCAGUUUUGUUACAAACUUCGUCUGCGGAAAUUUUUUCUGAUGAUAAAAACUGUCACAGGUUUAGAAUUUUGUUUGAUAGUGGCAGUCAAAUGUCAUACAUUUCUCCGCAAGCGGCGGAAAAAUUGAAAUUGGAAACAAUCGACAAAAAACAAAUGUGUCUUAAAACGUUUGGAGGAGCUAAACAAAACAAAACUUUGGACAUGGUUAGAUUUACCGUUAAAACGAAAAAUGACGAAGAAAAUAUUACGGUAAACGCGUUCGUAUCCGAAAUAUGCUAUCCUUUGACAAACCAAAACAUCGAGGGUGCAAAAUCUAACUACCCUUUUCUGUGUCGUCUCGAUUUAGCAGACAGUAAUCCAAAAAAUCAACCAUUAAGUGUGGAUAUUUUGAUUGGCGGGGAUUAUUAUUGGUCCUUUAUGAAAAACGACAUGAAACGUAGCACCAAAGGUGGGCCACAGCAAUUUCAUCAAAACUGGGAUAUAUUUUAA